GUAUCUAGAAUACAAUAAGUUCCUGUAUCUAGAAUACAAUAAGUUCCUGUAUCUAGAAUACAAUGAGUUCCUGUAUCUAGAAUACAAUGAGUUCUGGUAAAAAUACUGGAAGGCGAAGGGAACCCCUUCAACCUGUAAAAAAGAAAAAAACUAAAACAAAACAAAUUCAAGAAGAUAAGAAAACAACAAAAAUGAUUGUUGAUUUAGCCGCAAAAGCAGAAAUGCCGGAAGAAGAUCUUAGACGUCAGUAUGCUUCCUUUAUUUCUAUAUGCCCUGAUGGUAUUAUGACGAAAGAAAAAUUUGUUGAACUAUCGAAGCUUUCUGUUGAAGUUAUUGAAGUAAAGGAGGAGGGGAAAGGAGUUGUUCUGAAGGAGUCGGCAGAUGAGAUUGAACGGAUCGGAGAAGAAGCACAAUUUUUGGCCGAUUCCUUGUUCAGAGUUUUUGAUGAGGAUAAUAGUGGUGCCAUGCUUUUAUAA